AUGAGAAAUUUAUUACUUAUUUCUUAUUUUCGGAGAGAUCAAGUAAACCAAUUUGAAGAAAUUAAGAACCAACAAGUUAAGAUCAUGCUCUCGUCGAAAUAUAAAAGAAAUUUCAGAGGGUCUUUUAAAAUAUCAAAAUUGAACUAAUUAAUGGUAUUGUUGGUAAUACAACUAAAUGGAUAAGUUAGUUAGACAAUUUUAGAGCACGAUGAAUAGGUUCGAGUAUUAGUUUGAGUCUAUCAUAUAGCAAUUUGAUUUCAUGUGGAAAUGA